GAAUAAACGGAUUGGUAAAUGGAUGAAUGGAUGGAUGUACCUAAUGACAUGGCAACAGAGUGUACUCAUUGACGCAUGCGCAGCAUGGUAAUAGGGGCAGCAUUGUCCUCCUCUUCGCGAGCAGCGGAGGAGGGCGCCAAAUAGGAAGUAGAGCAGAAAUGUUCCCCAGCUUGGCUGAAUCUCUCAACAAACCUCCGAACAAACUGGUGGACUUCUAACACGUGAAUGGUUUGGACCUCUCAACGAGGCGCUCUCCCGGCGAGAUGGACCAAGCAGACGUUUGGCCGUCGAAGAAGAGUGAAGACAUGGAUUCAGACAGGGUAAGCAUCUGGCCACGUAUGGAGCCCUUCCUCCUGGGUGCCCUUCAGGUGGCGCCCUCCUCCAAGCUCAGCCUGCACUACCUUCGCAAGAUGGCCACCUAUGUGCGCACCCGCGAUGGCUGCUUCCCGUCCUUGACCUGGCUCAUGUGGAGGCACAUUGCAUGUGGAAAGCUGCAGCUUGCAGAAGACCUAGCAUGGCUCUACUUUGAGACCUUUGACCUCUUUACUGGCCACUCACCCGGGGACCGACUGGAAUGGGCAGAGUGUCUCUCCCAGUGUUCAAGCAAAAGUGAGCUUGACCAACAUAGGAACGAGAGGUCCGUGGACACGCUGCAGUUCCUCCUCUUCCUUCACAUUCAACAGCUGAACCGAGUGUCCCUGCGUAAAUCGCUCAUUGGAGAGGAGUGGCCCAGCCAUCGCACACGCUCUCCAUCUCCAUCAGAACGUGAGGCCAAGACCAGCUCCCAGAACAAGAACUGGGACGACCAGGCCCACCUGUCCUUUGUGCAGAGCCACCUUGCGGAGCUUCUGGAGCUGCUGGUGGAGCCAAACCAGCUGUCUGAGUCUGGUAGGGUCCCGCGUGACUGUCAGAUCUCACUGGAGGCCGUACACAGUCUGGGUCUGCUCCUGGAGGGCUGGGAGCACCCGGGCAGGCCUGUCCAACCUGUUCAUAGGUUGUUGAGUAGAGGUCCGCUACAGAUGCAUGCAGGCUACUCUGCUCUCAGCCAUUCCUUCCCUCUUCACCAGCUCAUCUCCUGUCUUCAACAUAACCUCACUCUCAAUCCUUUUGGGAUAACGUCCUGCCUGCGCUCCGGGAAGAAGCUAGCCUGGGCCCAACAAAUGGAAGGCGCUAUGAAGCGUGCCAAGAUAGCCCGAAACACUCACAUGGCCCCAGCUGGGAGCAAGAUGGUGCUCAUGUCUCAGGUCUGUAAGCAGACCCUUGCCAAGACCUCUGACAAGAUGACAGGAGCCAACAUUAAGAUCCACCGAUGUGCUGACGCCUUCAUCUACCUCCUCUCGCCUCUCAGGUCGGUUAGUGUGGACAAGUGCAGGGAUUGCACAGUGGUUCUAGGUCCAGUGGAGACCAGUGUGCAUGUGAAUUGCUGCCAGAACAUGCGCGUGGUGUGCGCGGCGGGCAGGUUUGUCAUCGGAGCCUCAUCCCGCUGCACGCUCCACGCCAUGACGCCCACACGCCCUCUGCUCCUGCCCGGAAACACUGACAUCACCCUGGGCCCCUUCCACACCUUCUAUCCCUCCCUGGAGGACCACAUGGCCAGCGUGGGGCUGGCGGUGGUACCCAACAUGUGGGACCAGCCGCUGCUGCUGGGGACCGACCCGGUCAAGCCCUCCACUAACCCCGACCCCGCUUGCUACCGUCUCCUGCCCCCAGAGGAGUUCCACAUGCUGGUAGUGCCUUUCCACAUGAAGGGGGACACGUGCGAAGUGCCGGGGGGGUUUGCGACCCGCUAUCAGGCAGCAAUCGAGGACAAGCAGAAGAGGAUACAAAGAUGGCAAAAGACUGUCCUGGAGGCCCAGUUGAACAAGGAGCAGAAGUGCAAGUUCCAGGAACUGGUGGAGGCCAAGUUCCACGACUGGCUCUUGGAGACGGGACACAGGCAGGAACUGGACAGCCUGAUCCCGCCCCCCGAGUCCUCCUUGCAGGUCUCCAAUGGCGCCCUGGUGAACGAGACGACGGUGAACGAGACGACGGCGAACGACUCGUGCAUUAAGACAGGAGGAGCGGUGGGACAUUCGCCUAUGGCUUGUUGAGUUGUUGACCUCUCACCUUUGUGGUAUUUAUUUCAGUUGAAGAAGUUGAUACGGACAUUCAUGGCAAAAAAUGUAGGGAUUAAACUUGAAUCCAAGGCUCCUUUGUUGUUGGAAUGUGUUAACGACAGGUCACUUGUAUUGACGCUAUUUUCUGCAUUCAAACUAAUGAAGGGAAAACCAGUAAAUUCUGCAGUUUACAUGAAUUACAUAAAGAUGAGCCCUGAUUUGAGAACAGACCUCCACCAAAAUCUGAAAUCCUUUAAUGCACAAAUGCUCCAAAUAUGAACGAUUUUUAAUACAUUUGACGUUUCUUGUGACCAUCAGAGAACUUUAAAAUGUAAAAUGGUUGAUAAGAAAAUGUUUUCCCAUCCUUGAUUUAGUUGAUACUCCCUUGCAUGUCUGAAUGUUAACGUUAGGAUUAAUGUAUUACUGAAUAAUUCUACUACUGCAGUUCGUGUGGAUUGUCAUACUCUAUCAAUGAGAUCACUUUUUUCCCCCUCAUCAUGGGGAAAGUAGUUCCUUAUUGUGAGUGCGACUGUCUUCGCUCAUUCACCAACCAACCACGUGUGCUUCAAAGUAUAUUUUUCUGUCAGUCACUGGAAUUAACAUGUAUAUUAUAUUUUUGUACUCAUCCUAACGGCCACCUUGUUUGCACUUCAUACCUUUGAUAUGUCAAGGUUAGCUUCCUCUGUACAUAGUGAGCCAUUAAAAAAAAAACCUGUCAUAUUAUUGCUUACAUUGUUGUUUCUCGAAAACAAUGAAUGUAUGCUGCUGUCACACUUCCAUGCAGCUUUUAAACAUGUAUUAUGCUUGCUCUUAAAAAAAAAAGAAAUAAUAAUAAUAAAGAUGCUCACUUCAGUG